AUGCCCACUAGCACCAGCACAAUCACAGCGACGACCACCACUACCGUCACGGCUCCAACUUCUACGGACACAGCUACAAGCACUAGCACCGAGACAGAUUCUACGACGUCGACAUCGACUGCAACAACCACAACGACGAGCACGUUUUCCAGCGUUGCUACCACGACCUCCGCCGCCCCAGCCGGAUUCAUCGCCAUCCAGACUUCUCUGCCAGGGUCAGAAUAUUCCGGCUCCGGUGGUGCAGAUCCUAUUGCCAAGCGCGACGUAGAUGUCCAUAUGGAGGUCGGUCGCGACACCACAAGGCCAAAGCCCUCGGGAUUGCUAGAGAAGAGCUGGCAGAGCUAUCCCAUGGGAGUGACGUGCUAUGCUUGGACGCAUACCACGUGCAAGGCGUCAACAACGACGUUAACAGUCACCUCUACUGUUCAGCCAUCGACCACAGUUACUUCCACGUCUACUUCAUCCACCACUACUUAUCCAUCCGCGACAACGACCACCACAACGACAUCUACCACAACGACUACCCUAUCCGCGACGACUACGGAGACUUCGACCAGCACGAUCACUGUUGUCGCUUCGACAACAACUCUGUAUGCCGCGUGCGCCACCAGCAACUUGGCCGACAAUUAUCUAGGCCAGCCGAUUGGAAAUAUUCAAGGAAACUUCAACAACAUCCUCGUUUCCAACACCAACACCGCAUACGACUGCUGUGUCGCUGCGUUGGCCAAUCCUAAUGACGCCAUAUUCCUAUACAUUCCCAAUUACUCCUCUCAGGACGAAAGCUGUCUGCUCUACACCGUCAACACUUGUCCCGCUGGCCAGGCUAGCGACCAGCUUACUGCUGUUACAGGAUCCUAUGGAUAUGGCCAAAUCACAGCGGGCAAUAGCAACUGUGGGACGUUUGUUGCGGCGGCUGCAUAG